AUGGAAGGUUCGAUCGAGCAGCGGUACGCGAUCAAGUUUUGUGUGCGCUUGGGCAAGAAUGCAACCGAAACCUACAGUAUGCUUCGAGAAUCCUUCAAGGAUGACUGUAUAUCAAGAUCGCAGUCAGGACCCUGGAAUAAGGCAUUUUUAGAGGGUCCAACCGAGGUCGCCGACGAACAACUCUCCGAACGACCAAUAACCGCGCGAACCGACGCUAACGUGGAGCGUGUGCAGAAACUUUUGGACACCGAUCAUCGAUUAGGUAUCAGACAGAUCGCAGACACCCUAGACAUUAGUACAUUUGCAGUGCACGGGAUAAUAACGCAAGAUUUGGCGAUGAGAAAGGUGUGCGCAAAGCUGAUACCAAAAGUGCUCACUCAAGAACAAAAGGACCUCCGAGUUUUGCGCUGUCAAGAAUUAUUCGAAUUGAUAGAAAGCCCGUACCUGGCUCCGUGUGACUUUUUCUUAUUCCUCCGCUUGAAGCAAGAUCUUAAGGGCCACCGUUGGGGAACUUUGGACAAUGUCAAAGCCCAUGUUACAUCAUUUUUGAAGGCCAUUCCGGCCGAGGAGUUUGCGGCCGCUUUCGAGGCAUGGAAAUCACGCCUACAUAAGUGUAUCUCGUCCAAGGGACACUACUUUGAAGAUUUUUGA